AUGAAGUUUUCACUCCUUCUGAGUCUUCUCCCUCUAGCCUCUGCAGCAACUACAUUGAUCCCCUCAGCGUGCUUCAACUCAUACUCUUCUCUGGAAAAAUACUUUGCUUACCUUUACCCCUGGGGCUCAGAUCAUAAUGGCUCCGCUCGUAUGGUCGGCAGCUCGACUGACCACGUGUAUAUUUCCGUCAACUCAGGCACACUGACUCUGGUUGCCAAACCAGUUAGCGGCCAGCCGCCUACCAAAGACGGUAGAAAGAUAAACUAUAUAUCUGGUGCGGUGCACUCAGCAAGGACAUUCACCGUAAAAGCCGGAUCAGGCUUCGACAUCCAAGCGGAGUUCCAGGCACCAACUGCUAGAGGCACCUGGCCUGCGUUCUGGCUCAAUGGAGCGAAUACGUGGCCACCUGAGAUCGAUCUUGCCGAGUGGAAGGGAACCGGGGAUAUCAGUUUCAAUACCUUCAAUACCUCGUCUGAAGUCAAAGCUUUGGAUGUCAAGUACCCCUCUCCCUCCAACUUUCACACGAUCAAGUCGGAGAUUCGUGAUGUCGAUGGCAAGAACAUCUCCGUCAAGUUCUACCUUGACGGCAAGCUGAUCACGACCCAGUAUGGGAGGGAUUAUAUUGGCAAGCCAUUGCAUUUAAUCAUCAAUCUACAAAUGGAGGGAUCGUCGGGCUCUCCUGGUCCAACAACCGAUACCUACUACCGCAUUCGCAAUCUAUCUUUCGUGCAGAUUUAG